AUGGGUUCGGACAAUUCGCAACCAUCCAUUCCCGAGUGGCGCGUGGACCGAUUUGAUCUCAGUCCAUACGAAUUCUCGUUUCCGCGCUUGUUACUUUCAGCACUGGGCCUUCCUUCCUUUCCAUUCCUCGACUCCAUCGAAGAAUGGGACAACCAAUGGCCGUUGAAUUUCAUCUUAUACAGCUCCUACUCGCCCACGCAUCUUGAGCAACAAGCAUGCGGCGGCGCAAACACUGGCGCAGGCGUCUUCUCUUCCCGCACACUCGCAGACCGUAAUCCCAAGGAGCCACAAUGGCGUGAGGCUUUUGAAGAUUUGAUCCGGUUGGAAAACGGCAUCCCGAUGCUUGAUCGCAAUCGGAUAAUAGACGGCAGGGCCGAGAAUAGUGACGAAUGGCUGCUUGGUAUGCUGCGCCGUGGCAGUAUGGGUCCUCGCUUCAGCAGAUUCACCCUAGAAGAGCGGCCCGGUGGAUCUUUCUACCACCAUCAUCUCAAGCCUCGUGAGCCGGUCAUGGAAUUCGGCUCAGAAGAGGAACUCGCUAUGUACGAACAAUUCCUCGAAGACCUCGACGUGCAGAGGCGCGAACUUCCCGCAGCGUUCCAACAAAGCCAGAUUUUGGCCAACGUGAUGAGAAUCAAAGGAACCAGGGAGGAUCAAGCGCCAAAUCCCCGGGAUUCCAACAAGAUGGAGUUGCAGGGAAAUGCCAAGGGUGGGAAAGGAAAUCACGGCUCAGAACAAUCCGGUGAUUUCAGCCAGGGCAGCCCGUCGGACUCUACCCGGAUUAUUUCCACAAUGUCGCAAACAGAAAAGACCCAUUACUCCGACGGGACCGUUUCAAGCAGAAGGAUCGUGACCAGACACUAUGCAGAUGGUCGCGAAGAGACAGACACCUUCGUCGAAACAGAUCUCUCUCAUGUCAAUGAGGAUUGGAAUGAUGGAAUCGCCGACACUUCACGACGAAACGAGUCCGAGCCUAACCCCAAAUCCAAGGGUGGUUGGUUUUGGAAUGAUUGA